AUGUACAUAUUUCUAUAUGUAUAUAUAAAGAAAUUUAAAAAAAUCUUGCAUUUGCAGUGAAUGGGGAAGUGACUUGUGUGCAAUGUUAUGGAAUGGGCGAUGUAUCAAAUUUAGUGAUGUGCUCUGUAUGCGGCCAGCAUUACCAUGGCAGUUGUGUGGGCUUAGCGUUGUUACCUGGAGUACGUGCUGGAUGGCAGUGUGUGUCUUGCCGCGUGUGUCAAGUCUGUCGACAACCCGAAGAUGUUUCCAAGGUGAUGCUAUGUGAACGAUGCGACAAAGCUUAUCAUCCCGGCUGCCUGCGACCAAUCGUUACUUCCAUUCCGAAAUAUGGCUGGAAAUGCAAGUGUUGUCGCGUGUGUACCGAUUGCGGUUCGCGAACUCCUGGAGCUGGUCUAUCUUCCAGAUGGCAUUCUCAUUAUACUGUCUGUGAUUCGUGUUACCAGCAGCGCAAUAAAGGCUUUUCCUGUCCACUAUGUAGAAAGGCAUAUAGAGCCGCGGCAUAUCGUGAGAUGGUACAAUGUUAUUCAUGCAAGAAGUUCGUACAUGGUACAUGUGAUCCCGAAGCCGAUCCACUUAUUUACCAGCAGCGCAAAGAGGCAAAACCCGAUUACGAAUAUAUCUGCCUGCACUGUAAGAACAUUGCCAUAGUAGCCAGACGAAAGGAUAGUAUAGACGAAGGCGAUUUAAGUCUAAGUGCUUCUCAAGAAAGCCUCGACGGUGAAUCCUCUGAAUUAGAUUAUCAAGGUGGUAGUUCUGAAGAAGCGCUUUAUUCGGUCGGAUUAGGGAAAGGAAAACCAUUUUGUGCCACAAAAAUCGCAAAGAAAAGAUUGGGAAUUAGUGCUGGGAUUCUUGGUAGGCCCAAAGGCAUGGGUAAGUUGGGCUAUCAAAAAAGGCAGAAAAUGACAGAAUUUGGUAGGAAGAGAGGACCAAAAGCGAAAAUGAGGGGAAUCUUUGGGCUGCCUGAAAUGGGCUUGCAGAGUCCAGUACUAGAUUCCUCCACAUCAAAAGAGGAAGAGCCUGGAGGGGAGAACAAAUUAAUUCUCUGCUCUGCCAAGGAUAAAUUUGUUCUAACUCAGGAUAUCUGUGUGAUGUGCGGUGCGAUCGGUAUCGAUCAAGAAGGUUGUCUAAUUGCGUGCGCACAAUGCGGCCAGUGUUACCAUCCGUACUGCGCUAGUGUCAAAGUGACCAAAGUCAUUUUGCAAAAGGGCUGGCGAUGCCUUGAUUGCACUGUUUGUGAAGGUUGUGGCGAACGAAAUGAUGAAGCUCGAUUAAUCCUUUGUGACGAUUGCGACAUCAGCUAUCACAUUUAUUGCAUUGAUCCGCCUUUGGAUCAUGUACCACAUGGCACCUGGAAGUGCAAAUGGUGCGCGCAAUGCCAAACUUGCGGCUCCAACGAUCCUGGUUUUAAUUCAUCCUGGCAGAAAAGUUACACUCAGUGCGGACCAUGCGCUUCCCAUACUGCUUGUAUAGCGUGUCAAGAAGCUUAUCAGGAAGGCGAUCUCAUUAUUCAAUGUGUACAAUGCGAAAGAUGGCUCCAUUGUAGUUGCGAUUCGAUUAAAAACGAAACGGAGGCUGAACGUUGCGCCGAAGAAGGUUACGUUUGUCUCCUUUGUCGUCCUAGAGAUGUUCCUCCUCCUCAUCUUCUCUCAAAACCUCCUCCAAAAUUUACUAGAUCGUCCCCUCCACCGCAAAAUCGAAGUCCGGAAUUGUUUAAAUCUUCUUCGCAGCCAUAUCUUUUAGAUGGAGUUUAUCUUUCUGAAGCUGGAAUGAAUCAUAUUAAAUCUUUAACUGCCGAACAUCAGCAAACAAGGAAAAAGAGAAGAAAAAUGCUUCCACUGGUAGAUAAAGAGGCAGAUAUUAUGGCGACUAUUGAAUCUGUUGUUGCUGGAGGAAGUUUGGACAAUUCUUUGGAAGAAAAUAACAAGUUGGAGCUGAUGGAUGUUAAAGAUGAACCAGAAACAGUGUUGAAGGAGGGUAUGGUAUGGAACCAGCCUCCUCCUGAAGGCUUCAGCAUCUGCACUUCAGAAAAUGGACUUCCUGUUUUGCGAAGAAAACGUCAAAGAAAUUUGCAAAAAUUGGGAAUUGGAGGAUUUAUUGUAAGAUUGAGAGGUACUAGAAAGGACAAAGAAGAAGAAGGAGAUGUUGAAAAGUCUGGAGAGUCUUCGAUAGGAGUGGGAAUGGGAGACGAUAAACCCCGAAGAAAACCUCAAAGAAGAAAGCCAAAGACGAAGCUGGCAGAAUGUUUUCCUCUUUACAUGCAAGAAGCGUUUUUUGGGAAAGAUUUGAUGGACACGACAAAGGAGAAGGAUCUUGAAAGCAGCAGUGAGUCCGAAGAAGAACACAAAACUCCUGGAAACGCUAAUACAAUUCAGUUAUCUCAAGAUGUAUUAAAGGCAAUGGAACAAGUUAGUAGAGCAAAACAAGAAAAAGAAGACGAGAAGGGUCAAGAGCAAAUCAAACGAGAAGAAAUUGUAGAAGAUGAUGGUAGUGAUACUGAAGCACUUGGUGAUAUUUUACCUAUUUCCGGGGAUUUAUUGGACAGCGAUCUAGUGAAUACAAUAAUGAAUGAAAAUGACGAAGAUUUGGCAAAAGCUAGUGAAGCAUUGGAUGAAUUGGAUGAUACUCAAGGUGGAAAUAAGGAUGAACUGACAGAUAUUUUGAGUCCACAUUUUAAUUUAGAAUCGAUGGUCAGAGACACUGGAUUACCAAAUAUGGAUAGUAAAGAUAUCGAAGAGAUAUUUAAGGGUGUUAUGACUGAUGAAUCUCAAGAAUCUCAAGAAUCAUCUGUAUUUUCUGUCCAAGCUCAAACUUCACACCCUUCUUCGUCUACUACCCCUCUAGUGUCACCCUCUCCCCAUCCUGGUAUUCAAAUGUCUUUGGUAAGACCUCAAGUACCUGGUAGUCUACCUUCAGUUGGCCAAUCAACCUUAAACUCUCCGAUGAGUUUCCCACCGCCUUCACCAUAUCACUCUGAAUAUAGCAACAGUCCACAAUUCAGUCCAGCAUUUUCUGAGCCACCCAGUCCAUGGGUGAAUCCCGAAGAUGAGGGAAACACUACAGCAGGUAAUGCUACUAUCUCAUAUAAUCAAAGAAGCAAUCUGAAAAUGGAGGCUGACGAAGCAUUAGGUACUGGAGCAACAAUAUCUUCGGUGCUCUAUGCCAAUAUCAAUCAUCCUGAAUGGAAAACUGAAUAUCCAGCGUGGUCCGAGAGAUGUAAGCAGAUUUUGAAGAAGUGGCGAGCCCUUUCGAAUGAGAAAAAAGCUCCAUAUUUGACUCAGGCCCGAGAUAAUCGAGCUGCCAUUCGCAUGAAAAAGACACAACAGGUAAAUAACAUAUGCAUAUAUGUAUAUCUCAAAAUGAAAAAAAACAUACGGACUUCAAUUAUUACACUAGUUUUUAUGCGUUGUGAGGAGGAAAUGGAGUUGGAUGAAGCUUCCGAAGGUGAAGAUGAGGACGAAGAGACUACAGGGAUACCAGUAUCUCCAGCCAAUUCGGACCAAUUGCUUGGGCAAUCUACUCCAACAACACCUGGUAACAUCACACCGGAUGAAGCUUUCCAUGAUCCAUUGCGAUAUCAAAAAUUCCCAUUGCCUGGUGGAAAGCCUUUGAACAUUCGUCGUGGACCUGGCAGACCCCGAAAAGAACGACCUCUUGGUAUCACUCGUGGAGGAGCUAACAGAAGAUCUUUUGGAAGGGGUAGUACCAGAGGCAAAGGCAGUCCACAAUUCAGUCCAGCAUUUUCUGAGCCACCCAGUCCAUGGGUGAAUCCCGAAGAUGAGGGAAACACUACAGCAGGUAAUGCUACUAUCUCAUAUAAUCAAAGAAGCAAUCUGAAAAUGGAGGCUGACGAAGCAUUAGGUACUGGAGCAACAAUAUCUUCGGUGCUCUAUGCCAAUAUCAAUCAUCCUGAAUGGAAAACUGAAUAUCCAGCGUGGUCCGAGAGAUGUAAGCAGAUUUUGAAGAAGUGGCGAGCCCUUUCGAAUGAGAAAAAAGCUCCAUAUUUGACUCAGGCCCGAGAUAAUCGAGCUGCCAUUCGCAUGAAAAAGACACAACAGCUCUCCAAGGAGACACCACCACCAAGCACCACCAAUACUAUCAUCACCACCAAUAUAACCACCACCAACACCACCACCAUCAAUAUGACCAUCACCACUACCACUACUACUACCGCCAUGACCAACAUCAUCACCAAGCCCGUCGCUAUGACGGCCCAGCAGCAGCAGCAACAGGCAGUGAGCCUGAAGCCUAUGGAAAAGCAGUCAGGAAUGUUGAUGACCACAGGAAUAACAUCAACCAGCAGUAAUCAGCAUCAGGAGGAACAAGACAGACUUUCGAACAGAGAUCGGUCUAGCAGAGAGGCUGAGCAAGAAAGACAAUGGAAACAACUGCAAGCUUUACGUCAGCAACAAGCGCAAAUACAACAGCAAGUUAUCAUUGAACAACGUGUGCAUGCAAUCGCCAGAGUACAUAGACAGAUCAGCGAAGAAACACCCCAACUGAGCGGUGAUAUUACUUCCGGAUUGACAACACAAUUACAAGUUUCCACAGCACAAGAUACGAGUCAACUGACCUCUCUAGCCUCGCCUUCUCAAGGUUCCCGCAGCACUUUUGCUACGCCCUCACUUAAAGCUCCACGUAGCCUCACACCUCAGUCUCCCCAUCAUCAAUCCAUGGUACGUCUCCCCGUGCAAGCUCCUCCUUGCCGAGGGGUGCGUCCGGGAUUUCCUCAGCCACCAUCUCCAUUCUCGCCGCAGGCACCUCAGUCGCCCCAUGACUUUCCUCAGUCUCCUGCGUCCUCUCAGGAAUCCCAUUUCCAGCGCUUCGAAGGCAAUGUCUCGACCCCUGCAUCUCCCUAUUCAUCGCCUCAAGCGCCAGGUACAUCCCGCGCUCCCAUAUUUAAUCCACCGCGGCCCCCCGUUUAUGCUCCCCCUCCUCCUGCAACAUCGCGAACUCCCGAUCCUUACAGCCAACCACCCGCUACUCCCACUCCGUCUGCCUCCACCGCAUCUGGCUAUCCGUCACCAAGGAGUUCCGAGACUCGGACACCUCAGGAUCAAGAAGUGACUUUUGGACAGCAACCGGAAGUAAAUAGGCAGUUAAGGGAUUUACUACAAAGGCAACAGUUUAGUAAGAAGAUUGAAGGAGUUAGCACUAAUUGGAGUCAAGAUGGACAAAAUAAUUCAGAGAACAACCAACAACAUUUCGAAGCGAACCAUGUGCCACUUCAGCAACAUUCUCAAAUGCCGAGCAACACCGGCGAGGGCACAUUCAGACACCCGCUUCCACCAGGCAUUAUCAGACCCAGAUUGCCUAUUCAACCCAACCUUUUAAUUAGAAAUUCCAUUGGAAUAAACCCACGACAUCCUGUAGCAGGGAAUAUUCAGGGUUCAAUGGAUCAUCGUACCAAAAUGUUGUUGCAAAAUAGGCCUCAAGUAACUACCACCAAUAUACCUCAACAGCAUUUCCAAGGAAAUCAAAAUCUACAAACACGAAUGCCAACAGUAAGAAAUACCAUACCCGAACCCUACGAUAUUUUACAGCAACAGAGGCAAUUCACAGAUGUAAAUCAAGCGCAGAAUAUGAACCAGCGCAUUGCACGGACGACGCAGGACAAUUUGAAUCAAAGUAUUCGCAUGUUGAAUGCGGUUCCGGUCCAAACACCUCUUCCUACAACGAUAAGCGACACCGCGGGAGUGACUACUUCGGAAGCGUCUGAGAUUCCCGACAACGUCACAGCCGAAUUGGAGAAACUAGAGCAGGAAGGAGCUGGGCCAAUGGUCGAGGUCGAGGGUGUCAGUGCAAUAUUGGGAGAUUUAGCAGACGAUGAUGAUGAACUUCUCGCCGAAAUGGGAGCAGAUUUCAAUAUCCUGGAAUAUGCUGAUCCUGAGUUAGACACGAUUGCGGGCGGGGAGAAGACUAACAUCCUUGAUCUAGAUCUCGAACAAGUUGAAGUUGAUUCCAAGGACGAGAAGCAAAAAAAGGAAACUAAGGAUGAUGAUCAGAAACCGGAAAUAACUACUCCAUCCUCUGAAAUUUCUGCCGAUUCCUGUCCGACGAGCACAAGUUUGACCUUGACAGAAAAUUCCAAUGUGCCGACAAUGACGUCGUCGCAAGCGACAUCGCAGGCAAUACAGGCGCAAGUGGUGCAGCAGCAGAUGCAUCAGCACGUGCAACAAGCGGCAGCGAUGGGUCGGCCAAUGCCACCGGGAACGAAAUUGCUGUCGCCGGACGGAGCCGUAGGAGUGGUGACUUCCACGAAUACAGUGACCGUGAGUUAUCCGUCAAACUUUCCUGGACAUCAGCAGAGAAUCUCGCAAGCGCAUAUACAAGUUUCGCAGCAACAACGAUUGGGCAUGCGAGUAGGAGGGGUGCCAAAUAGACUAGUCGCCGUAAAUCACAUGGUCGGCACUCGAAUGCCUCUUGCUCCGCCACCGCCGCCACCGCCACCCCCGUAUCCUGGACCGCCGCCUCCGUAUCCUGGACCAAUACAGAUGGGGCUGUGCCCAGGUGGUGGUGGUAGUGGGCGAGGUAUGACACGGCCCCCGGUCCAUAUAACGGGACAUCAGGUGCCGGUGGCGGGCCCCCCGAUGGGCCCUGUGGUGCCACACCCUCACCGAAGACCCUUGCUUUUGCAGCAGUCGUGUUCACAGGAGCAGCCGUUGUUGCUAGAGGAGUUGCUGGAGCAGGAAAAACGAGAACAAGAAAAACAGCAGCAACAACAACAACAACAAACUGAAAAUACCACCGGGAGUGGUCUUUUGAGCGAUAGUGAUUUCGAAAGACUAAAAGCUGAUGUUUUGGGCACUACGUCACCACCUCAGAGUAUAGUGCCGGUGGUCAGGCCGCCUUGCGUAGCAAGACAAGCAUCUUCCGCAUCUGAUACCAAUUGGCAGCAGAGUGGUGUGGCUGCUGAUGGGACGGCAAAGCUAACAGUGGCACAGGUGGGAGCGAGACAACCGAUCGCUACACAGACUCCGCCUGAACCGAGAGUAGCUACGUUCAACAUUCCUCAAAUACCAGCACCACCAACUCCACCAGAAAAUAUAGUUAACGAACAAGAUCGACAGAUGCAGUUGCAAUAUGAGCAAUGGCUUAAUCAUCAAGAUCAAGUAUUAAAACAACAAUUACAUUAUUAUGAAGGAGAAAUCCAAAAACUCCGCAAAAUAAGAAAGUCUCUCAAUAGCAAGCAACGCCAACUUCGAAAAUCCGGUAAUGAGCUGACAGAGACGGACGCUGCCGAGCUGCAACGGGUUUCCAGUGAACUGGCUAUUUUACAAAAACAUUUGGAUGCCUCGCGUAAACAAGGCCGUCAACACAACAUGCUGAUCCAGGAAUAUCAGAGCAAACAACAGCAACGACAGACCCAACCGAACGAACCUUGUUCUCCAUUGAUGUCACCUUCUCAACAUUCCCCGAUGCAUUCUCCAGCAGCUUUAGUUUCUCAAAGCCCUGGUCCUAACAUGAUUCAACAUUCACCGGCAACUCCAUCAAUUAUUCAACACAGUCCAGGUACACCGCUGCUUCAGCAUAGUCCAGGUAACUCUCAGUCAACAAAUCUAGGGACAAUGUCACCUCAUAAUGUCCAACAACAAUCGCCAAGAAUUGGCACUCCUCAUUCUCAAGGUGACGAAAGUCCAUUUAGCCCUGGACCAAUGCCUUCUCCGGGUUUAUGCAAUCCUAAUACUACGCGGAUGACAUCACCACAACACAGAGCCAUUAUUGGUGGAAGAUUAGCAACUUCUCCUGGUGCCUUUACGCCAGAGACACGAAAUCCACAACAAAUAAUAGUCGAUCAAAAUGUGAGAGUUCAUAAUUUAGCUCAGAGAUUUGUCAGGCCACCAGAGGGGACACAAAGAAGAGGGGGCAUUGUUUACAGUCCCCAACCAGGGCAGCAACAGUUGUUGAGUCAGCAGCAUCAGCAAUUGUUGCAGAGGCAACAAAUUAUUCAACAACAUGAUACUGUUGCUCAGGAUCAGGGACAAGGCACCAUUGCGCGAGGAACAUUGCAGCGGCAACAGGUUUUUACUCAACAACAGCAACAUGAAAAUGUUUCUCGACAACAAAUUCUUCAGCAACAACAGAGUGAUAUUUCUCAAGAUGGACAGAAUAUUGUUGCUCAAAGAAAUUUGCAGAUUGCUCAACAGAGGCAGAUUCUUCAACAACAGCAACCAAAUGAUGUCUCUCAAGAAGGACAGAAUGUUGUUGCUCAAAGAAAUUUACAAAUGGCUCGGCAACAGAUUAUUCAACAGCAACAAGAAGGUAUUUCUCAGGACGGACAGAAUAUUAUUGCACAAAGAUCGAUGCAAAUGACUCAGCAAAGACAGCAAAUUCUUCAGCAGACUGAAGGUGUUGUUCAGGAAGGACAGAAUUCUAUUAAUCAAAGAUCGUUGCAAAUGGUUUCACAACAACAGCAACGACAAGCUCUUCAGCAACAGAAUGAUAUUACUCAAGAAGGACAGACUGUUGUUACUCAAAGAAAUUUACAUUUGACGCAGCAACGACAGCAAAUUCUCCAGCAACAACAAAUUGUUCAACAACACGAAAUAAUUUCUCAAGGUAUUUCUCCGGAAGGACAAAAUUCUAUUGGGCAAAGAACGUUGCAAAUGGUUCAGCAACGACAGCAAAUUCUUCAGCAGCAGCAACAGGAAGAUACUUCCCAGGAUAUACAAAAUGUUGCUGUUCAAAGGAAUUUGCAAAUAGUGCAACAGCGACAAAUUCUUCAACAGCAGCAGCAUGAAGGGAUUACACAGAAUAUUUCUCAAGAUGGACAGAAUGUUGUUCAAAGAACAUUACAAAUGACACAGCAACGUCAACAGGUUCUUCAACAACACGAGAAUAUUUCUCAAGAUGGACAGAAUGUUGUUGCUCAAAGAAAUUUGCAAAUAGCGCAGCAACGACAACAAGUCCUUCAACAACAGCAACAAAUUCUUCAACAACAACAAAUUCAGCAGCAACAUGAAGAUGUUUCUCAAGAUGGACAAAACACUAUUACUCAGAGAUCACUGCAAAUGGUUCAGCAACGACAACAAAUUAUUCAGCAACAACAUGAGAGUGUUUCUCAGAUUAUUUCUCAAGAGGGACAAAAUUCUAUUGCUCAAAGAUCAUUACAAUUGGCUCAACAACGACAGCAAAUUCUUCAUCAACAGCAACAUGAAGCUAUUUCUCAAGAAGGACAGACUUCUAUUGCUCAAAGAUCGCUUCAAAUAACUCAGCAACGUCAGCAACUGCUGCAACAACAGCAACAUGAAGGUGUUUCUCAAAAUAUUUCUCAAGAAGCACAGAAUUCUAUUGGUCAAAGAUCGCUUCAAAUGGUUCAGCAACGACAACAUAUUCUUCAACAACAGCAACGACAGCAGUUUUUGCAGAUGCAGCAGCAACAGCAACAAAAGCCACCCAACUCACCAAUGGUGUCUCAACCAGCCAGUUCCCCAAGUCCACAGCUUCAUCAACAACUUCAACAAGGUUAUGGCCAACCUCCUAGUUCACCCAUGGUACAGCAGGUGACGAUGGGGUCACCAAUGCUUCAGCAGCAGCUGAAUCCGAUUUCUCAGCCUCCCAGUCCGAUGAACAGGAUUUCGCCGAUGCUUCACGGUGGUCAUCAUCAUUCUUCAGCAACAAAUCAGCCACCUAGCUCACCGAUGAUGCCUAGAAGUCCUAUGGUAGCCGGAUCUCCUAUGCAGAUGCAACGAAGACAAUCUACCGGAAAUAGUCCGGCUAUGCCAGAUAGACCACAAAGCGUAGAAAAUCCUGGAACACCAAGAACACCACAUACACCUCAUAAUUUUGUUCAACAAAGUACUAAUUUAACUGCAACUUCAAAUGAUCAAGUUUCUCUGCAAAUUCUUCAGGAAUCACCUUCUUUAGUAGAAAAUUCUGCUAGAGGUGGAGGAAACUCCAAUAAUCCUCUAAAUCCAAUCCCUUUUCCUAAUUAUGGAAAGUCUGGAUAUUUUAAAUUAGGGUUGAGGGGCGGUUCGCCAGGUGAUCAGCAACAAAUUUUCUCAUUAGAAAAUACUACUAAUAAUAAUAAUAGUAAAAAUCACAAUAACUACGCAAAGUUAAUGCAAUUUUCUAAUUUUGGAAGAUUUGGAUACUUUAAGUUAGGUUUAAGAGGUGGAUCGCCGAUGUGGUCAAGCAAAGCAGAGAGCAGCAAAGGCAGCAAAGAGUCAGAAAUAUCUCAGAUAAAAAGAGAACAGCUCGUAGAAGAGAAAACAAACACUUCUUUAAAUCGAAAAACCGUCAAGAUCGGUUCACUAGUUUGCGCCGAUUACAAUGAUUUCGAUGAUGACUCGCAUACUCCGCCACAGGCUUCGCCGACGACCUUAGAAGUAAAACCGACUCAAAACUCUUCCUUGAUCUCUUCAAAUUUAGACAAUGAACCUUUGGAAAGUCCUGGAGUAAAACUGGAACAGCUUCCAGACACGACAGAUUAUGAUGAUGAUAAAACUAUAGUAAACACCGAGGUAACUUUGAGCUCCGCAGCUCAGCGGGAUAGUGAUGAUAUCACUGUCAUUGAACAGUUUGGUGACUCGGAACUAGUUGAUGUUAUUUCAGGAAGUUUAGAAGGAGAUAUGCAAGAAGAAUAUGUUCUGUUUGAACCCGGAAUGGUGGUGGAUCUCUCUGCUGAUAGCAACGAUUCACUUUGCCACGCUUUAGUGAAUGAUGCUGGUCAAAGUCACGAUCUAGUGCAAAUCCUGGAGAUUGAAAAUCCUGAAUCACAAUCAGAAGAACCGAUUUUGAGUGAUGAAGAGCUAAUUCCAUCUCAUUUGAGAAACAAAAAGGGUCUUAGACUCGAUAUAGUGAGGACCUUGCAAGCUGGAAAGAAGCUAGUCGCCGUUACUGAUACUCCAGACUCUCCGGAUCAAGAGGAACUGCGAGUAAAUCCUUCUCCGGGUUCUUAUUUGGAUCAAUCUCUUGAUCAAGAGCUUAUGGUGUCUUUAGUAAAUGAAUCUGAAGUAGUUAUCAUUGAUCCUACGACAAAAUCUCCCGAAGAUAAUCUCUCCAAAGGAUCAGGCGAUGAAGACACUGAGAAAAUUGAUUCCAACAUACAAAUUGAUGUUUCCAAAGAGAACACAACUAAUGAAGGUUCCAUAGAUGAACAAAACAAGAUGAAACAAAACAAGAGUCCCACGAACUUUGUUUUUUCAGAUAAAACUUCUUAUAAUAAUAUUUUAUCUUCGACUAUGCAUCCAACAAGUAUUAAUACAGUAACAUUUUCAAACUCACCGAUUUCUUUAAUAAAUACUGCAAUUUCUUCAAAUUCGAAUACAAUUCUAGCUUCUGUUAGCUCCGAUUCUCAACUAAACCAGAUCUCAAUUCAGCCAAUUGCGACAGGAGCGAAAACGAUAGAUCAAUUUGACUCGAAGGAAGUUUCUUCGAGCUCCUUUAGCAAUCAGAAAGCUUUCACAUUAUCAUCGACGAUGGCAAGCAUCGUGGCGGACGCGAAGAUUGCUGCAAAACUUAGCCAAACGGCUAUAGUCUCCAACCCUCAGAAAAGUAAAUUAGAUCUAAAAAUCGGAGUAUUCUCUCCCAGGGAAAUGCCGAAAAUAUUAUCUUCAGGAAAGCCUUCAGUAACUUCGGAUUUGCUGAUAAACAAAACGGAAUCUCAUAACAAUCCUACGAAAUUAGUACUAAAUGUGCAACCAACUUCUGUUACACUAUUGACUCCGAAAAUGUCGAUCCCAGAUUUAUCGAAAAAAGGGAGUAUUUUGAAAAAUAAAGAAAAACAAAUGGAAGGUCAAGCAGGCGAAAUGAAGAAAGAGAAGGAGGAGGAAGAGGUGCAAGGUAAAAUAAAAAACGAGAGCAAUUCUUCGGGGUUAAUUGCUGAAGAAAAGAAGACCGAUCCGCUAAAUACUACAGAUGAACUGGAGAGUAUGCUAGAGGCUAUUCAUAAUCCUGCAGAAAAUGCUGAAAAUAAAAAUGAUACUCCAACGACACUCAAAAGGAUGUCGCCCGUCACCGAUGAUUUAUCACUUGUUAACAUCUUGGAGAACGAUGCUGAACUGGUAGAGAACGACAAAGAACAGAUUUUAUCAGGUUCUGACGUGCAAAAAGCCAACAAAUCGAAAGAAACUGAAAAAAACAUUGAAGAGACUAGUAAUGACAAAAAUACUCUUUCGAAUGAUAAGAAUCGUCAGGAAGAACUGUGUACCGAAGUGGAAAAUUCUAAACCAUUUCUUCAGCAUUGUUUGAGUGAAGAAAAGACUUUGAUGGAAGAAUCUUCUGAUGAUAUUUUAGAUAUGUUGCACAAUAUCAUCUCAUCGAAACCGGAAAUGGCAAACAGCGGCGAGCUCAAGUCGAGUCUUAUCUACCAGAUGCCAACUCCGCUUGAUACUUUGCCAUUGAAUAUUCUUCAAGAUUCGUUGAUCGAUGUAGAACAAGAAAACCUGGAAAACGAUCAACUUUCUUCAACUGAAGCUAAAAAUCAAGUGAAAAAUCAAAAUUUUGAAAUGAAGAAGAGUCCUCCAGCGACGAGUCAAGCUUCUACUUUAGUAGUUAGUACCGUGGCGCAAUUACAAAAAAGUACGACAACGGUUCCUCAUUUAUCGCCACUCUCAAAACCAACUGAAUUGACUUCCAACGUGGCCAACGUAUCUCAUCAGCUAAGGACAUUGCUUUCGUCCUUGCAAAGCAAUCAGAAUACGGUGAAUCAAACUGGAGUAGUCACCAUGGUGUCUUCAGAUAAAUCUGGAAGCGUUUUAUCUGCUUCUAACACCCUGUCAACCUUAAAUUCGUCAAAUAAUGGUCAAAGUGGAGUUUCGAGCUUGACGAGAUUAGAUCAAAAUCGCUCUCAACCUAAUUCGAUUAAUAAUACUAUCAAAGAUUCAGAACUGACUCUAAAGGAAGCAAUAAAAGAAUCGGGCGGAAUUAUUACUGCGGUUACGAAGAUUAGCAAUGGCGAACAAGUUUUCAGGGUAACUUGUUCAGCUACAACUAUCCAGUCUACAACAGUUUCUAAUAUUUCCAGCAUUACUUCCACAAUAAUAACCACUAAAACUGUUACAACUUCAAUUUCCAUCACUUCGAAUGCCAUGUUGAAUGCUAUGCUGGCCGACACUACUUCUUUAAAGCCUUCAGUUGCUGGUCAUAGUCGUAAUAACACGGUAUCAACUCAAUCCGUCAAUUUUUUUAAUUCCGUUUUGCCAUCGACUUCGAUACAACGCUCACAAAGUCUCCAGGCGAUUCUCCAGGUCAGUUCAGGAUGCUCUACACCCACUCGAGUACAAGUAAAUACCAAUUCAGCCGUAACUAAUUCAAUGCAGUGUGUUAGGACUAUUGUACCACCGUUAGCGACUUCCAGCGGAAUCUCUGGUACUCCUAGCAUCCUUCAAACGACCUUAUCACAAGCUCCAAACCACCUUUUGACUUCUAAUCAAGGUCAGUAUAAAUCUCCUGGCCUUUUACCCAUUGAUAAUAAAAAUAACGACCUUGAAAAUCAAUCUACGACUUUAAUAAAGGAUCCUGAAGAGUCCAAAGUACAAGAGAAGAGAGAAAUAGAUCCUAGCAAGAAUUCUAAUUCUUUGAGGUUGGAGGAUUCCCAAAAUGUAUUACUAAAACAACUAUUACAAAAUACGGUGGGUGCUACGACUUCAGGGUCGUCGCAAGGGCCCAGUCUACCAAUAGUUCCUUCGUUGGAAGCUCAACUAGCUCGGCCAGUUCUACCUACACCGCCAUCUCUGCUUCCUCAAUUGCUAAACGAGACACCAACACCGAAACCAGUAAUAAAUAAACAAGUUCUUACGAGAGAAACUUCCUUCUUGUCGCAUUCAGUGUCACAUUUGAAGAUUCAGAGUUCACCAAUUAAGGAAGAAUCUUCUAAAUCUUCUCCUCCAUUAUCUAGUUCAAUUCCAAUAAUGUCCCAACAAAGAGGACACAGCGAAAGUUUGAAGCAGCAAGCAACAAAAUCAGUUUCUACUUCUUCAGGAAGUACUUUGGAAAAUUCUUCAACAAAUUCUUCAGUAAAACAACAGACAGUUUCUUCUACAAUAACAACGACAAGGAUGUCUCCAAGUAUUUCUACGAAUCAGCAAGAAUCUUCUGGUCAAGGAAAGCCAGGGACUAGCAUUGACGAAGAACCUCAGACUCCACAACGUGUCGCCGUUUCCAUUUCAAAAGUUAAUUUACAGAGUAAACCGUUGAUGGCUUCUGGAAUGACUUCGAAAAAUGUUCAACCGCUGACUAAUAAUUCUAGUAAUAUUUCUGGACCUCAAACCCAAGUUCAG